GCGGAGCAAGCGCUGAUCAGCACAACUUCGUCGGUAAUUAGCAUAAGGUAAUGGGGGGCGCUAAGCUCCAAAGAAACGCAGGAACCCCAGAUCAACGUAAUUCUUCCUCUUGAUUCCCCCCAAUGAGAGGAAGGAGGGGCAUAAUAAUCCGGCCAUAAUUCGUGUGUCGAACCCUAAUGCGGGUCCAACGUACGCGGCGCCAAGACAACUAUAUCUUCCAGACUUCACAAGAACCUCGAUGGAAGUACCAAGGAAACACCGGCUUCUUUGAAUUACGCAUCCCCUUAUAGAACAGUAGCCCACAGAGAGCAUCGCCAGAAUGAUUGCUUUGUCUAGUGGGCCGAUAGGGCCGACGACGAUGUUAUCUGGAUGACGCGGUUUUCUGACGGCAGUUAUAUGCCCAGUGGCUGGCUAUAAAGUCAAGGCCAUCGCUGAUGAGUCUGAUGUAUUAUCAACCAACAAAAACAAAUACCAUCGGCCUUUUCAGUCGCUGUCGGCUUGGCAAAUAUCUGUGACAAUAUGCACUUUUCAAAGCUCCUACUGCUCUCCGCGGCCACCCUCUCGCUUGCGCACCCCGGCGAGAAGCACGAUCCGCAUGUACUCAAGCGUGAGAUCCACGCUCGUGACGCUCUUGCUGCCCGUUCAAAGCGGGCCCUUGAUGCAUGUGCCAAUACUGAACAUGCAAAGCGACUACAGCAACGGACUGUCUCCCGUCGUGCCCGCACCGUCCGUGAGUUGCGCAAUGCACGUGGCAUCACUACCAGCCCGAAGAAGUGGCGCCGGUCCUCCGAUGAUCUAGAAAAGUGGGAGGCUGUCAACCAUAACAUGACUGGUUUGGUCGACAUCUCUUCCGAGAACCCGGACGUCUCCAUCUUUGCCGGCAACACCAGCGCCAUUCUGGCUCCCACGAUUACUGACGGUCCUUACUAUGUGUGGGGGGAGAUCUCCAGACAGCACGUAGUAGAGGAUGAGUAUUGCGACGGCGUAGAUCUCUACUUGGAGGUCCAAUAUAUUGAUGUUGAAACGUGUCAGCCAAUCAAGGGGGCCUACGUCGACAUUUGGAACGCGAACGCGACUGGUGUGUACAGUGGCAUCUCUACCUCGGGCAACUACGCGGCUGGUGGAUGGGAUUCGACCUACUUGCGCGGUAUCCAAGAAACCGAUAGCGAUGGCGUUGUAUCUUUUCAGUCCAUUUUUCCUGGCCAUUACGACGGAAGGGCAACCCACACUCAUCUUCUCACUCAUCUAAAUGCCUCGGUGAAUGACAAUAACGGUACGCUGGCUGUUGGGACCGGUACUGUUGCCCAUAUUGGUCAGCUGUUUUGGAACGAGGCGCUUCGCUCCGCUGUGGAAGACACCUACCCCUACAACACCAACACCCAGGACAUCACUAGCAAUGCGGAUGAUAUGUGGUCCGUCGAGCAAGCGUCCAGCGCCUAUGAUCCCUUCCCGGAUUACGUGUACCUUGGAAACGACCUGAAGGAUGGUCUCUUCGCUUGGAAGCAAAUCGGAAUUAACGUCAGUGCUGAUUACACUGACAACUCAUACUACAGCAUUGCUGCUUACUAUGACGAGAAUGGUGGCCACCAGAACUCCGACAGCGCUGCCUUUGGCGGCGGCCAAGAAGGUGGUAUGCCCUCGGGCUCGGCCGCUCCUUCAGGUCCCAUCCCGUCGAGCACUGCUGUUUAA